AUGAGUAAAGUUAUCAACCGUGCCGUUACAUUUAUCAAUAACAAAACUCCUGCGACGAUUACUACCAAGGAACUUGAUUUGGAUCGCUGCUUCAAGGAUACGGAAAUUGUCAUUAAGAUCCAUGCCGCUUCUCUGAACCCUAUCGAUGUAAUGGUUCAUAACCUUGCAUUUAAACUACCGUUUAAUUCUAGCCCCAAGACUUUUUCUCGAGACUAUGCUGGUGUUAUUGUAAAAGCAGGUGAUAAAGUAGAUCCCGAAUGGAAAAUCAAUGACAGAGUUGUAGGAAAUUUCGCUCACAUAUAUGGUGAACAAGGUACGUUAAGUGACUAUUUGAUUUUAGAUCCAAGUGUGCAGAAGGCUAUUGCUCACAUUCACGAUACCACCAAAUUGGACACCAAAUACGAUCCUUUCACCUUAAACGCCGCAUGGCCAUUAGUGUUUGGUACUGCUCACACGGCACUAUUUGAUUAUGGCCAAAAACUGGGUCCUGAUUCCAAAAUUUUGGUCAUUGGUGCGUCUACUUCAGUGUCUUAUGCAUUGGUCCACAUAGCCAAGAAUGUUUUAAAUGUAGGGACCGUCGUUGGUAUUUGUUCAAGUCAAUCUUUUGAACACAAUAAAGCUGCUGGCUUCGAUCAUUUGGUUCCUUACGAUCAGGGCCCUUUGACCGAAGAAGUGGGUAAACUGCUAGUGGGCACUUUGAGAAAUGAAAAGUUCGACCUAAUCUUUGAUUCUGUCGGUAACAAUGAUUUCUUCCCUGUCAUGGACAAAUUUUUGAAGCCCAAAUCUGAGAAUUCAUACUACAUUAGCAUUUCCGGUGAUUACAAGAACAAUUUCAACAAACAUCCAUUUAACAUAUCAAGCGCUCGUUCUUUAUUCAGGGCAGCUAACCCCUUCAGAGGUUACAACUACGCACUCGAGACGCUGCCCUGUAAAAGAGAGUACAUGGAUCUAGGUGCCAAAUUAAUUGCAGAUGGCAAGUAUGCUCCCAAGAUUGAUUCCGUCUACAAUUUCGAUGAUUAUCAAAAGGCCAUGGACAGGUUAAAGUCUAACAAGGCUAAAGGUAAGGUGGUUAUAAAAAUCAAUGGAGAAAAAUGA